UUGGCCAAUCAAGGCGCUACACGUAAGUCGGCGAGUUCAAAGUGUAAAGGUUUAACAAAAUGGCGGCGUUGAGUUUGAGGUGUUGGCAGUAAGUGAAUGGCUCGUUACCGGUUCGGUCUGUUAGUGUUGUAUUAGUUAUGGCGUUACUGUACGAUUUGGCCUGGCGUGUGUUACACGUCGUCGUCCAGCUGCAGCGCGCGGCCGUGUCGUGGUACCAGGCGCGCGCGUGGAAGCGCACUUGGCUCCUAUGGAGACGCGCCGCGGCCGCGGUGCUGCUGCCGUUAGCACUCGGAGCGGCUGCGGGGGGGAAGAGACCGAGCCGCCGGAGUCGGGUGCUGACGGACGGGAAGGCUUUAGAUAAGCUGCCGCUGCACGUCGGACUGCUGGUCGCAGAGGAGGAGCUUCAGUACACCGACAUCGCUAAUGUGGUGGUGUGGUGCAUGGCGCUGGGGAUCUCUUAUGUCAGCGUGUAUGACCACCAAGGUGUGUUCAGGAGGAACAACUCCAGACUAAUGGAGGAGAUCGUGAAGCAGCAGAAGGAGCUCCUUGGCUCGGAAAGCUGCAAGUACACGACCGAUUUCCUGAACAACGGCACAGACGCACAGGAACAAGUGUCAUGGUGCCAGUCGGUGGUAAAGGUCUUGUCUCCUGACGACGGGAAACUCAGUAUCGUGCGAGCGGCGCAGCAGCUGUGUAAGGCCGUGGAGCAGAAAGAGAGCACACCCAAAGACAUCAGCGUCACCGCGCUGGACUCUUUACUGCGAGAGUCAAACACCCUCCCAGACCCCGAGCUGGUGCUGAAGUUCGGCCCUGUGGAGAGCACACUUGGCUUCCUGCCGUGGCACAUCAGACUAACAGAGUUCAUCUCUUUGCCUUCCCACAAAGACGUCUCUUACGACGACUUCCUCUGCGCUCUUCGGCGUUACGCUUCCUGUGAGCAGCGGCUGGGAAAGUGAGCGAGUCCUC